UUCCCUAAGUAACCCUAAUAAUUUACUAGUUCACUUCGUUUAUUCAUCUACUUCCUUUACUCUACUACUUUCAACUUGAUUUAGGUGUGGUCUUCGUGUGGUUUCCGUGUGGUUUUCGUGUUCUUUUCUUUUCAACAGAUUUUUUUUAGUAUUUCUUGUCUUUUUCGUUUCGCUGUUGGUGGACUUUGAUGAAAUAAUCUUGCUUUUUUUUUUUGAAUUCAUUAAAUAAGGAAUGUUUAAAUCUGUUCCUCCAAGUGAUAUUAAUAGCAAUUCAUCACAUUAUCAAUACUCGCAUACUACUAAGAAUAUGACCAGUAAUGAAGAUGACCCGUCUUUAAAUUUAAAUACCAAUCAUAUUAGUGAAGAUGAUGGAGAUAAUCAAUUAAUUAGUCCAUCCACGAAUAACUUACCUAGUAAAUCGACUAAUCCCAACUUGAAUGUUCAACAACCUUUAAAUUUUGCUACCACUGAUAAUAAUAAUAAUGAUGAUGAUGAUACUACCCCAAGAACAACUAGCAAUGAAACAGAAGAUUUAUAUCAACAAAGAAUACUACUAAAAGAACAAAGAUUAGAAGAUAUUAAAAAUCAAUGUUCGAAAUUAAUUAGUGAAUUGGAUUCAAACUCAAACCCAGAAGCAAUUGUUAAAAAACAUAUAUCUCAAUUGAAAAAAUAUAAUGAAUUAAAAGAUAUUGCUCUUGGUUUAGUUACUAUGAUUGCUGAUCAAAGACAAUUAAGAACAACCGACAUUUUGGAAGAAAUGAAGGUUGAAUUAAGAGAUGAUUAAUCUCGAUUGUAAUGUCUUAUGUUUAACGAAUCACCAUCUUACCUACAUACCCAUCUUACAUCUCAUAGCCAUACACCCACCCUCAGUGUAUCAAUAAUGUCCUACCGGUUAUUUUUUUUUUUUUUUUCACCAUGUUCGCUUUUCAUUUUUGGGCUGCCUCCUAUUAUUGCUUGAUGU